AUGAGACCGAAAGCUACAAUCGUGUUGGUCGCUUGUGUGCUUGGAUGUGUGGCACUCUGCACCGGUGAAUUGGGAAAUGAUACGACCACGACGACUACACCCACGCCCAACAUAAUGGACACCAUAAGGGCGUACAUGGACAUGGCGAUGCAGUCUCCGGAACUGACGGGUUUAUCUAGGAAGAUAUUGGGGGCGGAUAUUUCUACCAGCUGCACCAUAGGUCUUCUGAAAUUUAUGCGUGGGAUCAGAGCUCUGGAGCCUUGGGCAGUCAGAUUAAUCGACGCCAGUGGCAAGUAUCCUACCGGGCUGUUCCAGGGAACGUGGGCGGAUAUUGGCGCCUACGACGAGUGCCUCGAAACCAUCGUGAAAGAUGAAUUCGGCAACGACAAAAUCAGAGGCCAGUACUGCAACAUCUACAUAAGGAUGAUCAACGAUACCUCCUUCAUUGACGCCAUGCUGCCGGCUUUUCUCAUGUCCCACGAACGGACUCCCGUGAUCCUGGAUAUUCAGAAGGACGAAAGGGUUCCGGGAAUUCGGCUGGGAAUCUGCGCAAUUUCGGAUUGCGACAGAAAAGACAUGCAAGCUCUGGCAGACUCGUUGAUCACAGGUCCCACUAAAAUAACCGUGAAGAACUGCGUCACAAGCUUACCUGUUUCGUGGACGAAUGCGCAGCUGGGUAUAGUGAUUUUCCUUGGAGUGAUAAUUCUGAUAUCAGUCAUGAGCUCUAUCGUUGACGUCCGGCUUACACGAAGUGAAAAACUGCAAACCAAGCCAGCACGAAGAAGCAGACUGAUGAAGUACAUCACAGCGUUCUCAAUUCCUGCAAACACUCGCGCACUUCUUGCGGUCAGCGAAGACAAGACGGCCGAGUCUUACAACUACCGUUUUCUGCACGGACUGCGCUUCUUCAGCCUUUUGUGGAUCGUUCUUGGUCACACGUCCAUCGCUUUUGACCCCAUCGUGUCGCGGUUUGUCAACGUCCUUGAAAUGGCGGGGAACUGGUCUUUCUGCGUGUUUUCGGCAGCGUUUUUGAGCGUUGACACAUUCUUCUUCUUGAGUGGGUUCCUGCUAUCCUACAAUGUCGUCAAACAAAAUGCCAACAGGUUUCUGAUUGCUGUGGUAGCUAUCAUACGCCGAGAAAUCAGGGUCACGGUGCCAGUUGUGUUUUGCAUGGCAUGUUUCUACCUCACACCUCUUGUAACAUCGGGUCCGAAUGCCGAGGUUCUGUUUGAUAAGUUCUACAAUGAAGUUGAAACGCACUGGUGGCAGCUUUUACUCCAGGUCCGCAACUUCGCGAAGGCAUCCGACCUGGAAUGCUUCUCUCACCUGUGGUACAUCUCAACAGACUUCCAAUUAUUCGUAGUUAGUCUCUGCAUUCUCCUGAUCUUUAGAAACAAAUGGUUUUUGAUGAACGCCGCCUUCAUUAUCCUGUCCCUCAUCUGUAGCUGCGUUUCUGCGUGGCAGAUGUCUAGUGAAAACUACCUUCCAGUGAUUCCUCCGAUUGUGGACAAAAUAUCAAUUCUCGCAGAUACAUUCAACUACGUGUAUAUGACGCCCUGGAAUCAUGGAGCAUGUUUUUUUGUUGGAUGCGCAACAUUUCAGUUUAUCAAUAAAUAUAAAGACACCAAGAUAUCUAAGGUUAUGCAAGCGCUGCUAUGGUUCAUCAGCCUCUUUUGCGGAGCGGCCUGCAUUCUCCUCCGGCACCACUGGAACCCCGGAACCAUCAAGACUGGCGCCACAGAGAACAUUGCCUUCGCUUUCUUCGAUCGCCUCAUGUGGGCCGCAGUCUUGGCAUGGCUAGCGUUUGCCUGCGCAACCGGCAAAGGAGGCUUCAUCGGAACUUUCCUCUCCUGGGGCGCCUUCGUUCCGUUGAGUAAACUCUCCUUCGGAAUCUAUAUCCUACACAUGCCGUACUUUGUUACGUCAUACUACGUGGCCAGGGAGCGCAUGUUCUACUCAUUCUACACUGUGAUCUCGAAGACGAUUUCAAUUUUUAUCUGGAGCGCGUUCCUCAGCUAUUUUGUCUUUGUGCUAUGCGAAUGCCCCACCGGCAAUAUUGAAAAGAUGACCUUUAUGCCAGAGCGGCUGAGAAGGACGAAGCAAGAUAACAAACUUGCAAAUAAUGGCGCCGAACAAUUCGGAAAUGGAAAGAUAACUCCGGAACAGAAAAUAUCGCAGGCAAACUCUCCAGAAUUUAAUGGCGAUAUUAAAGAUUAUUAUUGCCAUUUAUAG